AUGGAAGAACCGCAGAAGCCGCCGAUAGCGAGGACGACGGCGUCGACGUGCGCCGCCGAGACGGCGCGGGGCACGCACGCGUUCAAGAUCGCGGGCUACAAGCUGCACAAGGGCCUCGGCGUCGGCAAUUUCAUCCGGUCCGCCUCCUUCGCCGUGGGCGGCUACCGCUGGUGCGUCCGCUACUACCCCGACGGAAGCCACCGCCGAGAUCAGGGCUACGUGUCGAUCGGCGUGGAGCUCCAGAGCCCGCGCUCCGAGGUGAGGGCGCUCUAUGACCUGUGGCUGACGAAUCCGGCCACGGGGGCGUCGUCGCCGGUCUUCUCCCGGCCAUCGUCUUUCCCGGCGUUCAGCACCUUCAAGCCCGACCAGAACUUCAGGGGGAGUAACCAGUUCAUGAAGAGGGAAUUGCUGGAAGCGUCUCCUUACCUGCAGGACGACUGCCUUGUGAUCCACUGCGAUCUGACUGUCCUCAAGGGGAUACGGGUAGAGGAGGAGGAGACCACCAUGGGCAUGGGCAUGGCCUCCGAGAUCCAGGUGCCGCCGUCGGACUCGCCGGACAGUUUUGGCAAAUUGGUGGAGGAGAAGAAGCGAGCGGAUGUGGUGGCUUUUAUGCGGUUGCGCGCAAGAUUCUUCUCGGACCUGAGGAUCAAGAACGCUGCACGCACACGAGGUGGACGGGAACGAGAGAGUGAAGACAGGUAGACUUUUGCGUGCAAGCUUGCAGCUUUUCGUUUU